UAACUAAGUAAUUAUCUUCUUCUUAAAAAUACAAGAUCUCGAUUUCUACUUACAUGACAUGCGGGUGGAAUGGCGUCGUAUUGAUGUCCGAUGCCAGUGAGCGGGAAACCGAGUCGAUCCCCAGCGCUACUAAAAAUCUGCACAGAAAUCUCAUUCCAUUCUUUCUUCGUCUAAUCCUUACCUCCAUGGAUUUAGCUUCCAGCCCUAAUCGGACCUCCAAGGUCAAUCGUGGCAGCGGCGACGGCCAUCGGAACUAUGAGGGCAGUUCCUCUUACAUUCAGAAAACAGUUUGUUUGCACGAGUGGUGGCUUACUGAAGCGGAGAGCGAAUUUGACGGGAAGAGAUUAGCUGUUGCAGGAUCAGUAUCUGGAGGGCGCGAACCAGUUCGUGUGUUUACGUCUGCACCCAUCGUCAAAAGAUAUGAUGCUUUCACGCUGGAAACGGCUGAUGGGGUUUGUGUUGUUUUCCGAGGAGUCAUAAAUAAGUCACGCACAGAGGAAAAUGGGUUUUCUUCCGAGGUCUUCAAUCAUUUCACAUUUGGCUUUCCUUACCACUGGGAAGAAUGUGCUCAAAAGUGCUUGGUGAAAGAGUUUAGAACUGGCACUGAAUCAAGAGGGAUCUCUGAUUUUACCGUGCCAGCCACAGGCAGGACAGCUUCUAGCCUAAGUUCAACUCCAAGUAAACAUGAGGAGGUCCUUAGUGAGGGUAAGCAAAACAGUGAUGUUGAGGUUGGUUGUUCUCAGAAUAUGGCUGAGAAGAUUAAUGUUGCUGCCUCGGAAGGUUCCAUUGUGAACAACUGUGCAAUUAACAUGUCAGGUUCAUUUGAAGAAAAUGUGUCUGAGCAGAUAACUGUUGAUGCUAAAAUAGGUUCAGACAGGCAUUGCCCUGUGGCUAACUUGUCGAGUUCAGAGCGAGACAUAAAUGAAAAUGAAGUAAGUAUUAGUCAUUCUGGAAAUAGAAAAAGUAGAGGUCGUUUGAGAUAUAGGAGAAGCAGUCAGAAAAGCAACCAUAUGGUUAAAUGUUCUGUAAAGGCAAAAGACCAAAGAUCAACAGUGAAAGUCCCUAAGCCUAUGGAUCAAACAAGAUUGAAGAGGAGUUCACCAUGUAAGGAAAUUCAUGAUGUGGAAAAGUGCUUAUCCUGGGGGAAGACUAGAAGAAAAAUUAAUUUUGAUAUACAUGUAAGCUGUUGUCAUGCUCUGGUCUCUCUGUAUAGCUUAGCAGAUUUAAGUCAUGGGCAGUAUAUUUCACAUUCAUGCAUGCCUGGUUGUGCUUAAGUUGUAACCAGUAACUUGUAGACUGAAACAUCUUUCUUUCAAGGCAGUUACAUUUUAACUGCAUUAUGAUAGCAGACUCUUCUCUACAUCUGAAGUUUUACUUAAUACUAUCUUCUUGUUUGUCAAGAUGAAAAGAUCUGUUUGAAUUAGUACAUGUCGAUAAUGAUGUAGCCUUUGUGCAUAAUGUAACUGCUUUGAGCUCAAGUUCAGCAUGCUAGAUGGCAUUCUUAUUGUUCAGUGAAAAUAAAAAUUCUUGAAAUGC